GCGGCGGCCCCAGCGAGGGGCUCUGGGCUCUGCGCGCCGCCGCUCCGCCGCCUCCAUGGAGCGCCGGCCGCGCUGCCUCUGAUGCCCGGCCCGGCGCGCACCAUGGGGCCGCUGUGGCUCUGCUGCUUGCCCCUCGCCCUUCUGCCCCUGCUCGCCGCCGUGGAAGAGACGCUGAUGGACUCCACAACGGCGACAGCAGAGCUGGGCUGGACAGUGCAUCCUCCAUCAGGGUGGGAAGAGGUGAGUGGGUACGAUGAGAACAUGAACACCAUCCGCACCUACCAGGUGUGCAACGUCUUUGAGUCCAGCCAGAACAACUGGCUCAGGACCAAGUACAUCCGGAGGAGAGGAGCGCACCGCAUCCACGUGGAGAUGAAAUUUUCUGUCCGGGACUGCAGCAGCAUCCCAAACGUCCCAGGCUCCUGUAAGGAGACUUUUAACCUGUACUAUUUCGAGUCCGACUUUGACUCGGCCACCAAGACUUUUCCUAACUGGAUGGAGAAUCCUUGGAUGAAGGUGGACACGAUUGCUGCCGACGAGAGCUUCUCCCAGGUGGACUUAGGUGGACGGGUGAUGAAGAUCAACACCGAGGUGCGCAGCUUUGGGCCCGUCUCCAAGAACGGUUUCUACCUGGCCUUCCAGGACUACGGGGGCUGCAUGUCCCUGAUCGCCGUCCGCGUCUUCUACCGCAAAUGUCCCCGCGUGAUCCAGAACGGGGCCGUCUUCCAAGAAACGCUGUCGGGAGCGGAGAGCACCUCGCUGGUGGCAGCCAGGGGCACGUGCAUCGCCAACGCUGAGGAGGUGGACGUGCCCAUCAAGCUGUACUGCAACGGCGACGGCGAGUGGCUGGUGCCCAUCGGCCGCUGCAUGUGCCGGGCCGGCUACGAGUCUGUGGAGAACGGCACCGUCUGCAGAGGCUGCCCCUCGGGAACAUUCAAGGCCAGCCAGGGGGAUGAAGGGUGCGUCCACUGCCCCAUCAACAGCAGGACAACCUCGGAAGGAGCCACGAACUGCGUGUGCCGGAAUGGAUAUUACCGGGCAGACGCCGACCCCGUGGACAUGCCGUGCACCACCAUCCCGUCGGCGCCGCAGGCCGUGAUCUCCAGCGUGAACGAGACGUCCCUGAUGCUGGAGUGGAGCCCCCCGCGGGACUCGGGGGGCCGGGAGGACCUGGUGUACAACAUCAUCUGCAAGAGCUGCGGGGCGGGCCGCGGGGCCUGCACGCGCUGCGGCGACAACGUGCAGUUCGCCCCGCGCCAGCUGGGCCUCACCGAGCCCCGCAUCUACAUCAGCGACCUGCUGGCCCACACCCAGUACACCUUCGAGAUCCAGGCCGUCAACGGCGUCACCGACCAGAGCCCCUUCUCCCCGCAGUUCGCCUCCGUGAACAUCACCACCAACCAGGCCGCCCCUUCUGCUGUGUCCAUCAUGCACCAGGUGAGCCGCACCGUGGACAGCAUCACCCUCUCCUGGUCCCAGCCCGACCAGCCCAACGGAGUCAUCCUGGACUAUGAGCUGCAGUAUUACGAGAAGGAUCUGAGCGAGGUGAACUCAACCACAGUGAAGAGCCCCACCAACACCGUGGCAGUGCAGAACCUCAAGGCUGGCACCAUCUACGUGUUCCAGGUGCGGGCGCGCACCGUGGCCGGGUACGGCCGCUACAGUGGCAAGAUGUAUUUCCAGACCAUGACUGAAGCCGAGUACCAGACCAGCGUGCAGGAGAAGCUGCCGCUCAUCAUCGGCUCCUCGGCGGCGGGGCUGGUGUUCCUCAUCGCCGUGGUGGUCAUCGGCAUCGUGUGCAGCAGAAGACGGGGCUUCGAGCGGGCAGACUCGGAGUACACGGACAAGCUGCAGCACUACACCAGUGGCCACAGUACGUACCGGGGGCCACCCCCGGCCCUGGGGGGCCACUCCCUGCUCGUGACUCCAGGGAUGAAGAUCUAUAUCGAUCCUUUCACCUACGAAGACCCCAAUGAGGCUGUCAGGGAAUUUGCAAAAGAAAUCGAUAUCUCUUGUGUCAAAAUUGAGCAGGUGAUUGGGGCAGGGGAGUUUGGCGAGGUGUGCAGUGGGCAUCUCAAGCUUCCAGGCAAAAGAGAGAUCUUUGUGGCCAUCAAGACCCUCAAGUCUGGCUACACGGAGAAGCAGAGGCGGGACUUCCUGAGCGAGGCCAGCAUCAUGGGGCAGUUCGACCACCCCAACGUCAUCCACCUGGAGGGGGUGGUCACCAAGAGCUCUCCAGUCAUGAUCAUCACCGAGUUCAUGGAGAAUGGCUCACUGGACUCCUUCCUGCGGCAAAACGACGGGCAGUUCACGGUGAUCCAGCUGGUGGGGAUGCUGCGGGGCAUCGCCGCGGGCAUGAAGUACCUGGCAGACAUGAACUACGUGCACCGGGACCUGGCAGCCCGCAACAUCCUGGUCAACAGCAACCUGGUGUGCAAGGUGUCCGACUUCGGCCUCUCCCGCUUCCUGGAGGACGACACCUCCGACCCCACCUACACCAGUGCUCUGGGGGGGAAGAUCCCGAUCCGAUGGACGGCGCCUGAGGCCAUUCAGUAUCGGAAGUUCACCUCGGCCAGCGACGUGUGGAGCUAUGGCAUUGUCAUGUGGGAGGUGAUGUCCUACGGAGAGCGGCCCUACUGGGACAUGACCAACCAGGACGUGAUAAAUGCCAUCGAGCAGGACUAUCGGCUGCCACCGCCCAUGGACUGCCCGAAUGCCCUUCACCAGCUGAUGCUCGACUGUUGGCAGAAGGAUCGAAACCACAGGCCCAAAUUUGGACAAAUCGUCAACACCUUGGAUAAAAUGAUCCGAAAUCCGAACAGCCUGAAAGCCAUGGCACCUCUCUCCUCUGGGAUGAACCUCCCCCUCCUUGACCGCACAAUCCCAGAUUACACCAGCUUCAACACUGUGGAUGAGUGGCUGGAUGCCAUCAAGAUGAGCCAGUACAAGGAGAGCUUUGCCAGUGCUGGUUUCACCACCUUUGAUGUAGUAUCUCAGAUGACUGUAGAGGACAUUCUGCGAGUCGGGGUCACUUUAGCAGGACACCAGAAGAAAAUUCUGAACAGUAUCCAGGUGAUGAGAGCACAGAUGAACCAAAUCCAGUCUGUGGAGGUUUGAUAGCUGCCUGUCCUCCCACUCCUCCUCCUCGAGGCCCUGCUCCCCUUUGCCCCUGUUUGUCCAAGCUCCAGUUCCUGAGUGUUCUGCAUGGACCAGAGACAGGCAGCUGCUCCGAGGAUCAGGCAGCAGGAGGGAACACCCUGUCCUCAACAAUGAGAAGUCGCCAAGAGCUUCUAGAAUUUAAGCAAUGGAAAAAAGGGAA